GCGAGUGGACCAGCAUCAGUGAGGUACCCGGGGGGUGACCGAAGGAAUCUUCUCCUCUCAGCACCGUAGACAUUAUCAGGAUGCAUUUUAAUGUCAGCACACAGGGUGGACAGUGUGAGGGGAGACAGUGCCAGUCCUGCGCUGGCACUAUUUUUUGAAGCCCAAAAACCGCAUUUUAGGGGGCCACGGACAAAUCACAGUAACAGCCGUCGACACCUCCCGCUCUCCUCGCCGGGCGAUGGAGGUCUGCCGUUAAAGACUUGGGGGUAGGGGGGGACCGGAGUCUGUCGGAAUUUCGCCAAAAUUACGACGGGAAUCAAGUACAGCUCCCUGUCUCCCGGUAACGGGAGAGUUCACCGGCCGCUCGUGAUGUCUCGUGCCAAGGAGCGGCUGAAAGGCGGGAAUGAGACCAAGGACAGCGUCACUCUGCUGCCGUGCUUUUAUUUUGUAGAGCUCCCUAUCCUGGCCUCCUCUGUUGUCAGUCUUUAUUUCCUGGAGCUGACGGAUAUUUUCCAGCCGGUGCAUUCUGGUUACAGCUGUAGUGACCGCAGUCUGUCUCUGCCCUACAUCCUGCCCAGACAGGAAGUCUGUCCACUGCCUCUGCUCUUCAGCUUAGCUUUCGCCGCUCCCACCGCCACUAUUCUUAUAGGAGAGGCCAUUCUGUACUGCUAUCUCUCCAGGAGGUCAUCAGCUACACAGACUGAGGCCAACAUCAACGCUGCAGGCUGUAAUUUUAACUCCUACAUCCGCAGGGCUGUACGCUUCAUAGGUGUCCAUAUCUUUGGCCUGUGUGUGACAGCACUGAUAACUGAUAUCCUCCAGCUGUCCACUGGUCAACACACCCCCUACUGGUUGGAUGUUUGUAAACCCAACUUGACCCACAUUAACAUGUCCACUUGUGACGAAGCCUUUAUUCUGGAGGAUAUCUGCUCUGGACAGGACACUGGGCUCAUUAAUGCUGGGAGGAAGUCUUUCCCCUCCCAGCAUGCAACUCUGGCUGCCUUUGCUGCUGUCUACAUCUCAAUGUACUUCAACACAGUGCUGACAGACUCUGCCAAGCUGCUGAAGCCUCUCCUGGUAUUCUCUUUUGUCAUGCUGGCUAUCCUGGCUGGGUUAACCAGGAUUAUCCAGUUUAGAAACCAUCCUGUAGAUGUCUACUGCGGAUGGUUGCUGGGAGCUGCCAUCGCUGUCUAUCUGGGUGUGUAUGCAGUGGGGAAUUUCCAGCCCAGUGAGGAUCGGUCCAGAAGUCGAACACCUACCCCAACCCUGAGAGAGCCCCCCCUCUCCUCCCUACCCAAUGUCAGCCAGUCAGCAAUUAGCAACAGCCACCAAGCAACAGAGACAGCCAUCAGAAACAACGAGCUGGCAGACACAGAGGCAGAACAACUGAGCUUAAAGGUAUCAGCCGCUCUCGCUGGAGCAAAAACACCACCUUCCAACCUCACCAUCGAGGAAAGGAAGGCCCUGGCAUCACUGAGGAAAGACUGGAACAUCACCAUCUUGCCGGCAGACAAAGGGAGAUGCACAGUGGUGCUGAAGACAGCAGAUUACCAUGUCAAAAUCACUGCUCUGCUCAGUGACACAGCCACAUACGAAACACUGAGGCGUGAUCCUACCAGUGGCUACAAAAAGAAGGUCAUAGAUUAUCUACAAAAACUGGAAAAGGACAAAAUCAUUGACAGACCACUGUAUUAUCGACUGUACCCUGGUGAGGCCACCCCAUGCAUCGAUGGACUCCCCAAGAUACACAAGGAAGGAGCACCACUCAGAACCAUCAUCAGCGGCAUCAACUCAGUCACGUACAACAUCUCCAAACACCUAGCUAUGAUCUUAGCUCCAUUGGUUGGUAAAACUCCACAUCAUGUAAGGAACUCUCAGGAUUUUACCAACAAGACCAGAGAGAUAACACUGGACUCUGACGAAACUAUGGUAUCAUACAACGUCACUUCACUUUUCACCUGCAUUCCCACCAAAGAAGCAGUUAAGACAGUGAGGAAAUGUCUGCUACAAGACAGCUCCCUUCCAUUCAGGACCAACUUCACCCCAGACCACAUUUGUGACCUGCUGGACUUUUGUUUGACCACCACCUAUUUCAAUUUCUUUGCCACUUCGUCCAGGUCCCACGGAGGCUCCUCAUUGGAGGAGGGUCGCAUUCCACGCCGUCAUGCCUCCAUCCACGCAUCAAUGGACUCAACCCGAUCCAAACAACUGCUCAGCCAGUGGAAGAAUAAAAAUGACAACAGGAAGCUAUCUCUGCAGGUGAUGGAUGGAAUAAGGCCAGCAUCAUCCUCAUCUCCUCAAAGGAACAUGGAGCUGCGCUGCUCCUCUGAACCUUCUGCUAUGGGCCUGGAGGCAGAGCUCCGUGGGGUAACACACCUGCCUACACUUAUCUCUUGUCAGGAAACAGAGUUGCGUGCUGGGGCCCACAUCCCAGCUCAGUACAUGAAACUGGCAGCAAGCUCUGUUCCUAUGACUAAUCAUAAUCACAUGGCCCAUAAUGGCAGCACCGGAUUGGCUGGUGCAGCCAGAGUGUCUAUUCAGUCUCGGCCGGGAUCUUCUCAGCUGGUUCACAUUCCUGAGGAGGAAAAUCUCACCUGCAAGGAUCAGGAGAGUGAAUCAGAGGACAGCAUUAUGGAUGGAGGUGGGUCAGUGAGGGAAAAGUGGCUGAGAGUGGCUGAGAAGACAACAAUUCCCUGCCGGCCGCUCAGUGCUGGAGGACAGCCUCGUCUCAUGCAGGUGAUAGCCUUAUCCAAACAGCAGGGUCUGCUUCACUCUCCUCGCUCAGAGGAUGGUGGAAGCACCGUCAGCUGCACUGGAUCUAUUCGGUACCGAGCCCUGACAGACCAGGACCCAUCACCACCAGCCUCCACCACCGGAGCAGUGGGAGGAGGAGGAGGAGGUUUAGAGAGAAGUGGCAGUAUAGUCCGUGUUGAAGCCCACCCAGAGUCCAGAUCAAACAAACCUGUGGUGAAACCUCCGAGCACUGAUGGAAGUGGCUCCUGGCGAUGGAAACCACCAGAACAACGAGCUUCGCUCCGACAGUCAGGUUUCGCCCUUAAUGACCUGAACAGACACACAGACAGCUGUGAUUCGCUGAGAGAUGGAGGGUCAGUGGAUGGACGGAGAAGUGUGACAGGAACUGAAACGGAGAGUGAAGGUGGUGGAGACGGAGGGGGAGGAGGAGGAGGAGGUGUAUACACAAACCACCCACAUGUUGUACACCCUUUACAUCCCUUACAUCCCAAUAACCCCAACAACUUCCAGCACCCCAAUUUUAACCCCAACAACCCCAACUUUAAUAAUACCCAUUUUAACUUCAACCCCAACUCUGCAAACUUCAACCCCAACUCUGCCAACUCCAAUAUGUCAUUCACCCCUACUGCCACCUUUGCGCCUCCAUUCCACCCCCACCCUCAGGCCAUCACCACCAUCAGGGUCACCCCAGUGGAGGGAACGGCUGCGAGCAGCGACGGUGGCUCAGACAGCCAAUCAGUUGCCUCGUCCAGCCGCGAGUCCACCCUGAGGAGGAAGAGCAGCUCCCAUAUCGUCCAUGUCCCCGAUCGAGGACCCACCCCCGACCUUCACAAUAACCACCGCCUCUGUGAUGACAGUAACCGCAUCGACAAUGAAAGCAGCAACCGUUUCCAUGAAAACCUUCGAAGUUUUCAAGAAAACCCCAUCCACCCCAACCACCCCAACCACCCCAACAGGCAGUUGCAGGGUAUGUUUGGCCGUCCUAGCCCAACCCCUCCCCCUACUUUACCCCGCCCCGUCCUGACUCACACCCCGCCUCCUACUCUGGGGUUGGCCUAUAAAGAAUGACACGCUCAGUGUUGAAAUCAUCCAUCUAUCUCCUGUGAUUAAAAUGUGUCCUACUCGACCAGUAAAAAAAAAAAUCAAUGGAGAUGCUGCAUGGGCCAUACAGAAUCUCAGAUUAGGCCACACAUAAGGAAAAUUUGGUUAAAUCUGUCCACCACCAGGGGGUCAGCCAAAGGGGGAUGGCCAAAAACUUGUUAGUCCCACCCAUUAGGGCCCAAUAUAUGGCUAUUUGUGUCCCCCAGCAUCCUAGCCAGUUUAGAUCCCAACUGAAUAAAUGUUAUGUCUUACUAAGACACUUGAAGUAGGCUUAUCAAAACCUAUUACUAAGAGGUUCACAAUCCUCUUUGGGUCAAAAGCCAUAGAGAGUACUAACACAAUUAGCCCUGCCCACAAUCUCCAACUGGCCAGUCAGAAAGGACUAUAGUCAGGGCCCAAUGUAAGAGGGGUGAGUCUGAUUCAACAUUUUUCCUUGCCUUUUUUUAAAAUCUGGAUACACCCAUUUUUUUGUAAAUGUAAUGAAUGGAGUGCACUUGUUUCAUAGGCACAAGAAUAAUGGGCUAAAUAAACUGCUGACCCUUUGACUCAGGAGGAGAGACUCCAGCCUCCUCGCUCUGUCCCAUAGUUCCCUGUCAGCAAGGGGGUAUUCAGCCUAUUGACUCUGACUGCUGGGUCAGCUGUCAAUGAGAUAACAUUCUUAUCAAAACAUUUUUACACACAGUAUAUUCUCGUCUUUCAUCCUUUUGUCAAACACAGGUAACAAUAUUGAUAUAUAAACUUUACAAUGUAAUCACAUGCCAUUAGAUGGAAAUUUGCAUUCAAAGCCCAUAACUGUGCUGUGCUUGUACAUAUGAAUGUGAGUGGCCACAGUGGAAAUUAAACCCACAGUCUUAAUUGUGUCUGAGCUAAAAGGAGUCCCUUUUGGGCAAUAACAGUAUCUCUUAGUUCAUGGUGGUAUUGUGUUUGUGUUGGAUAAGAACAAUAUCAUGGGACAUACCUUGUGUUUAAAUAUAGUUAAUCAAUUUUUUACAUGCUGUGUUUUAAUGAUGUGCAGUAUAUGAAUUAUCCUGACUGUGUAGUAGCUGUGCUGUACACUGGUACAUGCAGCAUUUGGGUCAUCUGAACAAACUUAGGUCAUACAUAAGUCCAAAGACUGAAUGAAGUGAAGUAUUUUGUUUUCUUUAUUUGGUUCGGUUUUCCAGCUCAUCAUGACUCCCAGCUUUACAGUAUGGGUACCAUUACAGUUGAGUUUUGGGGCAACUGCCUGGAAGAAGGAAAUCUAAUAUUUUUAUCAUAAAUUUGUGAUAUUUUGAGACAAAGCUUGCAGUGCCAUAAAAUAAAGUUGUAGUUCUUUAUGAAAAGGGUCAUAUUACCUGCUGAGAAAAGUGGUGAUUUUACAAAAAUGGCAAGACAUUGAAAUAAUAAAAAAAAGUACAAUAUUACAUAAAUACAGUCGUACAUUUACAACAAAGUUAGAAAAAACACAGAUUGUAAUUUUGAAA